AUGGACGAGGACAAGAAACUCGACCCUGACGUCUCAGACCAGCAAAGCACGGAUUCACCCCAGGAUCAGCGGCCGGGUCGCCGGCGCGAGCAGGCUCGUCGCAAGUCCGGACUCCCAGGCGACAUUCCAGGGCAGCGGUUCGUACGUCGUGUUCGACUGGGGAAGGAGCUUGGGGGGAUCCUGUCGCUGACGAUCAACAACGCGACGGCCCAGUCGCAGUUCUCACUGUCGUUCACCGAGUCCGCGGAGUUCAUCAGCCCGCUCAAGUUGGACGACUCGUGCCAGCCCGCACGGCUGCAGAACUGGGACAGAAUCCAGACGUUCCACGUGCCGCGAGCCACGGGGCUGCUGACGCAGACCGUGGGACAGCAGCGCGGCGGGUUCCGCUUCCUGACGAUUGUGAGUGCGAGCGCGGACCCGCUGACGAUCUCGAACAUCUCGCUGGCGAUCACGUUCAUGCCCCACUGGGAUGAUCUCAGGGCGUACCCGGGCUACUUCUUUGCACCUGACCCCGGGUUCCACGACAUCGACUGCCUCACGAAGAUCUGGUACGCCGGUGCGCACUAUAGGGUGCAGACCAACACAAUCCCUCCCCACACGGCGCGACAGGAGCCGUGCCCAGCAGGAGGUGGCUGGUCCAACGAUGCCUUGGGAGGAGCUGCCACUGGGCCUAUCCUCGUCGAUGGUGCAAAACGCGACAGGAACAUCUGGCCAGGCGACUGCGGCAUCUCCACACACACGGAGCUCGUCGCGCUGAGCGACAUGGAGCCGACCAAGAACUCGUUGAUGGUGAUGUUCCGCACGCAAAACCUGACGACUGGCGCGCUGCAGUACUCCGGGCCGCCGCUGAACAACCAGGGAAGCGACACGUACAUCUCGUGGUCGCUCAUUGGGACGCACAACUACUUCCUGUACACGGGCGACCUCGAUUUCAUCAAGUCUGUCUGGGCGAACUACACCAAGGCGGUUGGCUUCCUUGAGGGCCAGGUGGACUUGACCGGCCUGAUGAACGUCUCGUCUGCGCUCUCGAACGACUGGGGCAGGGCCAGCGGCGCCGGACACAACUCUGCGGCAAACGCGUUGCUUUAUCGCACGCUCGUCACCACGGCGGACCUGGCGACGCAUCUCGGCAAUGUCUCCCUCCCCGCCACAUACCUCGCCAACGCGACCAAGAUCAAAACUGCGUUCAACAGCCUGCUGUGGGACGCCGCGGCGGGCCGGUUCCGCAGCAACGACCUGCCGAGGAGCAUCCACCCGCAGGACGGCAACGCGCUCGCGGUCCUGUACAACCUCACGACAUCGGACGCACAGAACAAGGCCGUGAGCGCCGGGCUGAUGAAGUUCUGGACGCCCAUCAGGCCGUGGCUUCGAGCGCAUUUUGUGGCCGGCAAGGGCGAGCGGGCAAUUGAUCUGAUCGAGCGCGAGUGGGGGUACAUGCUGGAAACCAACUUGAGUGUCAAGUCGCCGCUGCUAGAGGGCUUCUCGGCCAACGGAUCGCUCGGAUUCGAGGCUCGAUCCCCGCAUCCGCCGCAAGAUCGACCUCCGGGUGAUCCCGCUUAUCACCCUGCUAUAUCUGUGUUGCUUUCUGUACCUUUCUAUUGCAGGGAUCGGAGUAACCUCGGUACAGCGUCAUUCGCGGAGUCCCCUCGUAUCGCUCACCUCCCUCUGCGCUCGUUUAGGAAAUGCCCGGGUUUGGAUAUUGCCUUUGUCCCUCCUUGCCUGGGAUGCUUAGACUUGAUGCGUGUGCAGAUCGCCGGGAUGGCCGAGGACCUCGAUCUGACGGGGAUGCGGUACCAGAUGGCGGCGGCGGCGUUCUUCGUGACGUAUGCUCUCCUGGAGGCGCCCUGCAACGUGGUGGCCAAGUGUGUACGCCCGUCGAUAUGGAUCCCAGGACUUACCCUCGCUUGGGGAAUCAUCAUGGUCUCGAUGGCCUUCGUCAAGACAUGGCGGGGACUGAUCAUAGCGCGUGUGUUCCUCGGCGUCGCGGAAUCCGGACUGGCGCCUGCGCUCGCUUUAUAUGUGACUUGCUGGUACUGCCGCGACCAACAGGCCCGUGGAAUCGCGAGCUACUUCAGCGCCGCAACCUUGGCAGGUGCAUUCGGUGGACUGUUGGCGUUCUGUAUUGAGAAAAUGAACGGGAUCGGCGGGCUUCAUGGCUGGUCUUGGAUUGCAAGUCGCAUUCUCCGUCGCGGCGGGGUAUUCGUUCUCAUCGAAUUUACAGUUCCUUCUCGAAGGAUUGCUCACUGUCCUCGUCUCAUGCUUCGCAUUCUGGGCGAUAGCCCAUCGGAUGCCAAAUUCCUGUCUUCCUCGGAAAAAAGCACAGUGAUUGAAGCACUGAAGCGCGAUGCUGGAGGGCAGCCCUCGCAUUUCGAGAUGCGCUUCGUGUGGCAGACGGUGUUCGACCCGCUGAGCUGGAUGCAGGCGGUGCUUUAUGUUGGUCUGCUGAUUCCGCUGUAUUCAUUUACCUUGUUCUUGCCGACGAUCAUCUCCUCUUUGGGAUUCUCGUCUACUCAUGCCCAGCUCCUCACGAUCCCCCCGUACGCUGCCGCAUGCGCCAUCACGAUCCCCCUGAGCGCGCUCUCAGAUCGCGUGCGCCUCCGCGGGCCCUUUCUCGUCGGCUCCAGCCUCGUCGGGAUCUUCGGCUACGUGCUCCUGAUCUGCACGGACCCUGCGACGAGGCGCGGGGCCGUGAUCGGCUACGUCGGCUGCAUCGCCGUCGCGGUGGGGCUCUUCCCGCCCAUCCCGAUCGCGAUAGCGUGGGGCGGGAACAAUGCCCCGGGGUCGCUGAAUAAAGCGGUGCUGUUCGGGCUUGUUGGGAUGGCCGGCAACCUCGGAGGAAUUUGUGCAUCGUUCGUCUAUCGGACUCAGGAUGCACCGAAAUUCAGACUGGGACACGCUGUCGCCCUCAGUUCUUUUGGACUGUGUUUUAUCAUGUCCAUCAUAGCAAUGGUGACCUACGAGCGUUUGAAUCGGAGGAGACUUGGCGAGACUGAUUUUCGCUCUCUACCGCGGUCCAACACCGUGCUCAUGUCGAAGACGACUCACUCCAACUGGGACCCGUUCCUGCUAAUAUCUCAGAUAGUGUCGAUGCAAAGCCUGCACUACCUGACACUAUCGCUAUGUGUCCCGCUGCUACUGGCCAUCUUCGCCGAGCCGUCGUCUCUGCACUACGAGGGCGGGGCUGCCAACGUCGGCAUGGUCAUGGACUGGCGGGAGAUGGCGGGGCAGCCGACGGUGCGCGGGAUGCAGGGCGAGGAACGCUGGAACGCGUACACGAGCGCGUGGAGCGGGGGGCGCAAGAUUGGGUUCGGGCUACGCGAAGACCAGUGGGACGGGCGCACGGAUCCGAUGCGGGGAGUGAGUGCGGUCGGUUACGGUGCCCCUGAUCGCAACCCGCCGCUGAUGUUCGGUGGUUUGGUUCUCAGUAUAUGGUAUCUGUAUGCUCUCAUCCGCCGACCGCGCCUCAUCCUCGACUUCGCGCUGACGCUCGUCUUCAACCAUCUCGUGCUAACGACGUACUACUCUGCAUCCAUCCCCACCUCGCUCUUCUUCUGGUCAAUCAUGUUCGCCGGUGCCGCCAUUAUGAUCAUUGUCGCAGAGCAACUUUGUGUAAGGCGUGAGAUGGCGGAGGGUCUGAAAGUGGUCGUUGUGGAAGCUGAUGAGGAGACCGACGAGAUGGAGCUGGGUGAGGAAGGAGAGUACGAGGAUACUCGGUUUGAGACCUUCAAAGCUGCGCAAGGGCAAGGCCAGAACCGACCGUCGCUCUACUACAAGCCCACCGAACUCCCGUACCCACCACACCUGUCGUUCAAGCAGACGCAGGCCGACGCCUUAAAUCCAAAUCUAAAUCACAUAGUGCACGAUGCACCACCUGCCCCUCCUCCGAAAGAUGCAGGCGCGUUCACGGCUGCUCCAGAACCCACCCCACGGCCACGCAAAGAGAGGCACAAGCACAAGCACAAGUCGAAGAAGCACCACGACCACGAGUCGAAGCUCCCGAGUGCGGCAGAAGUUCUGGCGCUGCUCAGCACGCGUCGCCCGCAUCAGCGCGACUCUAUUCUCACUACAGGCACGGAGGCGCAACCGCAGAGCCUGCUCGACAAUGCCAUGCAACAGCUGUCGGACUCCGCGCGCCAGCUCGCAGAUUCCGAAGCCCAGCGGCGCGCGCUAGAGUCUCUGUCGCUGGACCGCGCGAUGGACGCGCUGGAUACAUCGUCCCGGGCGCAGGAGGCCUCUGCGCAGCUGCACUCGGAGCUCGCGAUCGCGCGGAUGCAGCUGGAAGCGGCUCAAGCAGAGAUAGAAAGAACGAAGCAGACGAUGCAAAUGGUGAAGCAGGAAAGGGACGAUGCGGAGAGAGAAGCUGCAGAUGCCAGAAGUGCGGCUAGAAAGAUGCGCAUGCAGAUGGUCGUUCGAGCUGCGAAGGAGCAGGGGGAACGAGAAGGCUGGGAUGUGGGUUUUGGUCGAGGGAAGAGAAUAGCUGACGCGCUCAAGGCCGAGGAGGAGAGAAAAAGGAGAGAGCGCGAGGAUAGUCGACGAAGGGAGGUGGAAAGAGUCCAACGAGAGAACGAGGAGAGAGAGAGGUUGCUGCAAAGAGAAAUUGCCGCGGAAGAAAGAAGAAGAGCUAAAGAGCGCCAGAGGGAAGCACACAGGAUCGCUCGCGCCCAAGCCCAAGCACAAGCACAAGCCCAGUCCCGGACCGUCACCGAGGAACAAACGACUUCUGGAGAAACAGCUAGUGUGCCCGCUCAACGAGCGAGGGAUUCUCUGGAGCUCGGUGCUGCAAUUCAAAUGCCCGAGCCGGUCAUCAUGCCUGUUCCAGAACCAGCACCCCCUCCAAUCCAUCGUGCACCAUCUGUUGCCAGCUCGCGAGGAUCAACGAGGGGUCAAGCACCCGUUCAAAGGCGUUUCAGUGUUGAUAGCGGACGUCCCGCUUCUCGUGGUGCGCCACCGCUGGUAGUCGAGUCCGGGGUUCCCUCUGGACCUCCUCCGGCACCAAGUGCUCAUACUCGAGCUGCAUCAGCGUCAGGAAUCAAUGUGGGCAGCAUCCCAGGCAGACGAGGCAGCAUCAGCGCUGGUGUUCGACCCGCGUCUCGGGCCAGCACAGCUGCCCCUCCUCCUUUCACGGUCACUGGAAACCGGCCACCCUCUGUCGCAAGCACCCGACCCCGCGGAUCAAUCAAUGGAUCGAUGUUUACAUUGGACUCGGAGCGAGGAUUCGGAUUGGCACCAGGCAGAGGAACAGUUCCUGUAGAUGCAUUGAUGGCGGGGCCUGCUGUGUCAAGGGCGAUACCAUUCUCCUCGCGGGCGAUGCCGGCCGGGAACUCAAAUGUGCCCAUCAUCCCGAUGCCUCCGCCUCCGAUUACGGUGCAGCAGCAGCAGCCACAGCGGCCAGCACCGCAGACACAGGUUCCGUUUGUGCCAAUGCCUGCACCGCCAAUCCAGCAUCCCGCGCCUCAGGUUAUCAUCCCAAUGCCUGCACCUCCGAUCCGCGUCGAGAUUCCUUAUCAGCAGCCCAUUCUUCAGCAGCCGGUUGCCCAUCAGCCGAUUCCAGGCUCUUUCCAAGUUGAGCCCAUGCCAGAUCGACGUGAAACGCGGACACCUUCGAGUGCGACUUCGGCUUCAGUGGCGACAGGCACGUCCAUGGGAACGUUGGGUUUGCGCUCAUUUCCUAUCGACAAUGCCGCCCCGAACGGAAGCCACUUGAGUCCGAUUGUGGAGCACUCGGAGUCGCCGUCGCCGGCGGCGUCAGCCAACAGAAGCGGGCGUGUUGAAGAAUGGAGACGGAGUACGAGCAUGAGUGUGGACAUGGAUAGGGCACGGUCUUUGACGCCCUCUGCGCUGCUGAGUCCUCAUUCUGCUUCGACUCGCGGCCGUUCGACUCCGCAAGGGAUUUACGCCGACGCGAAUCCCACCCGGCCGACGUUGAGUUCCAAUCUGCACCGGUCAUCGAGUGGGAGCUCGGUUCAUAUCACGAUCGAGCCUCCGUCUCGGCCGUCCUCUGCUAGCAACCCGAAUUCGGCGACGACGAGGCCAGGAUUUCUGUCGCCCAACGAGCCUGUUGUUCCUGAAGAGAACGAGGAGAGCGACUCGGACACGGAGGAUGAUGAGUCUGAUUCGGGUGAUGAGAGAGAGAUAAUGCCGAGUAUGAGUCCGCUGCCAGUCUUUGCGCAGGGUGUGAGGUAUCCGCCCGGGUUCCAGCCCAUGUCGAUGACACCGCCGACGAUUGCGACGCAACAGGCGGCGCAGUGGACCACGCCCUCUGUCAUUGGCGCGAAUGUCAUACCCGAACGACCUCCGAGCCGGAAUCGGAUGAUGGGUGGCAUGAUCGGUAACGCUUCAUCAGGGCCGUUGCCAGUCCCAGCCCCAGGUGGAGGAGGUGCUCCUGCUGGGAACACAGCCCCAGCACACCUGGGGCCUGCCGGAUUCCAAGUGGAAUCUGGUUUCCAGAUUGAACGUCCGCAGAGCAGGAACGCCAAUGUUCCAGCUUCAUCUCCGUGGGGAUCCACUGGCGCAGCAGGGUCGCUGGGUCCAAGCGGUGCAUGGGGACCUGGACAGGCUACGUUUGAGAUCGAGCGACCGCAAAGCCGGCAAGCGAGUGCGAAUCCUCCGGGCGCUGCUGGUUCUGGCUCUGGCUGGGGAACUUCUGCUCCUGCCAACGGAUUCGAAAUUGAACGGCCGCAGAGUCGGAAUAUGAACAGCACGGCAUCGCCAUGGACGACGGGAGCACAAUUCCCGUUUGGAGGCAGCAAUGCACCAGUGGCACCACAGCCUUCACAUCCAGCCUCGUUCGUGGUGGAAUCAGUCGGAUCGGCCACUCCGCGACAGUCGCUGGCUUCGGCCUCAGGAUAUCCUCUCCCGCCGUCGUCCGUGGCCUCGUCGUCCGCAGCCACAGCCACGACAAAUCUCAGUCGGAAACAGAAGAAGCGGGCCAAUUCGCGCGCGUCGUCGUCCACUGCCGGUGGAUCGUCGAGGUUCCAGACACCAGGGCCGCCUUCGCUGAUUCCUGAAGAGGACGAAGAUGAGCUGGCCCAGGUCACGGCCAUGAAUACCGCCAUGAAUACGGCGGCCAAUCGCGUGCUGGCUGGGCCUGGGUCUCCACAUGCCAGCGUGAGAUCGUACAGGCCCGGGAUGCAAAGGAUGGGCUGAUUUAUCCAUUGUAAUUUUGCAUGUACAUAUAAAUAUACCGGAUUCGAUGGAUGUCAUCGCUGUAUGCUAAUCACGUGAGGAGAUGCGCUUUCUCGACUGGAAGUUCAGGCCAAGUUCAGGUCUCCAUACUCAUGAACAUGCCAGGACAGAUCUUUCAUUGCCGCGGCACAACAAGCUUUGUCCGCCGUCGCGCUCGGACCUGGAGUGAGAGGGAGAGUUGGGCAAACUUGAAGUCGGAGCUUCGUGGAUCCAGAGCUGGGUGCAGGAUGCGCAAAGGUUGUACUCUUUGCCAACGAUCUCCGCACCAGAUCCCGGCCGUCCCUGCCUAAUGCCCAAUGCAGGCCCUGGUUCGCUCUGAUCCUUUAGUCAAUGGUCCGGGAGCGAGUCUGCUUCUUUUUAGAAGCUCGACGAGGAUGUAUAUAAGAAAUUUAGCCGUCUCCUCUCAAGGCUAGUCUACUGCGGCGCUGGAAUGGUCGCCCCGAAGCCUUGGUACCACGCUGUCCUGAAUGGGUUUCGAAAGCUGCGGGACAGGGGAGCAUCUGGCGACAAAAUCCAGAGCCUCGAGCAUCUGAUGUCCUUCAGCAUGGGAUCAGCUUCGAAUGGCGGGACAAUCUCGCAGAUCCCGUGCGCGAACGCGAGCAACACCAAGUGCUGUCCCGGGCGGGGAAUCAUCGUCUGUGCAAAGUGCCUUCUUGUUGCGUACUGCUCCGAAAAAUGCAAGAACCAGCAUGCGAGCCGGCACCGCGGCGCCUGCUCCCAUCCGUACAUGAGCGACCACUGGCAGCCGGCGUGGGUCACCCAAGGGCGAGACCCGACAUUCCUGCAUCCCUCGAACUUCGUCACGCUCUUCAGGGCGACGGUCGAUUUCUGGGGUGAUGUGCCCGGCAUGGACUGUCUGCAGCUCCCGACCAACGAGGGAUCGGACCACUCGACCGACCUCAAGCUGUGUUUCGCAGUUUCUGGUGACAUCCGGAAUAUGGUGCAAACUAUAAACGGGCUACCGCUCGACUAUGCGGGCUUUUGCGACGUGCUCCUGAACGACACAAAUCCGAUUCAUGUCAACCGGAAUCUGGUCGUGCUAUUCAUUCUACUCAGCUCAGGGCCUUCGAUAGAAGAAGCCGCCGAAUUUUGCACACAUCUUCUGUACUCGGCGGCGCUACCAGCCGCCGGUGCGAACUACAUGAAGCGCUGUGUGGAUUUCAUCUACGACUCGUCGAUGGGCGAGUCGGACGCCGAUCUGUCCUUCCAGCGCUGUCUCAACACGCGCGGAGACGGCCGAAUAUACUCCGUGCAGCCCUCGCCGGCCAUCAAGCGAUUGCUGGAGAUGGUCAGGUCGAAUUACCCGCUGCACACUGCCCUGCGGAGUAUGCGGGAUGUGACCGUCGCACCCGACCAGCUCGACACGCGAGAAAAGUACUACGCGGGGCUCAAGCCCUCGCACAGAAUGGCGUUCGAGAGAUUUCGGGAGACGGGGAUCCUGGCUCCGUUCUCGCUCGUGACCACGCAUUUCACUCAACCCAAUCGGCUGAUGUUCAAUCCCCAGGGCAUCUGGAUGGCCCAGGAGGAGGCGAAUCCGCUCUACGGCUGGGACGUUUCGGCCGUCCAAGCCUCUGGCACGAAACACGGCGUCAUGUCCGAAGACAUCAUGGGCUGUCUGUUCUUCCACGUCAAAGACCAGCUGCGGGACUUUGCGCGCCGCGUCAAGGAGCUCCACAUCGACAUCCACGUCACCUCGUUCGAUCCCGGAAUCCUCGCGAAAGGGAUCAGCGUCGGUGCGCUGCCUGCGUUCGAGGACGCCAGCUUCGACCGGAUCGUGACGGGCAAUCUGCUCGAUUCGGCGGGGGUCCGGACGUGCUUGAGCGACUGGGGCCCACUGAUUGACCGGACCAACAAAUUUGCCAGCAUCAUCCUGCAGAGCAAGUCGUGGCAACAGUCCCAGCAGCCCGCGCAGUGGGGUCCGAGUGCCAUGAAGGUUCUGAUGGACAAGUGCAGUAAGAUUCCCGGCCUGGAGGGCAAGAUGAAGUCAGUUUUUGCUCAAGGGCUCAGGUCGCCGGCUCUUCUGCGCAUGUUCGAAUCGAUGGACGCCUUCUGCGACAGUGAAGCCGUGUUUUUGGAGUUUCUGGACGAUCAGGACACGGAUGGUAUCGCGGAGGCCUGCGAUCUGAGAAUGCGCACAACAAAUCGGUUGCAACCCAGGCGACUGGGCAUCCCACUGAAUGCACCCAAGAGACAGAAGUUGCCGGAACUGACAGGCGCAGAGUUUUAUAGCCUCUUCACGAUCGGAGGCGGGAAUCUGCCCGCGCGAUUCCUCGAGUUUGAAGCGAUCGAUGCAUCCGAGUCUGAUUAUGGGACGGCGGAGUAUGAUGAGGAGUAUAUUUCCGAGUAUGGCGAGUAGGAUAAGUUGUGUCAUCAUCAUAAGCCAAUGGAAUCCGCCAGUAGAGUUCGAGUAGUGCUGUACUCCCGUCUAUGGUAGACGAGUGGUAGAGCUUGCGCAUCAAAGGUCUCGACGCGCACCACUCGGGCAAUGAAGAGCUCAGAUACGGUUCCGUCCCCGUCAUAUGCUUCGGGAGGCCCGUCCAAUUUCCGCUCCGCCAGCCAUCGUGUAUCGUGCAAGGGAAUCCCAUUGGAAACAAGCUUGCACGUCAGCGCUCCGACGGAGCCCGAGAUGACGGGCAGCCCUUCCGCACUUAAUGUGUGCUCCGUGCUGAGGAACGGGCGGGGGAAUACAUCUGCGCGGGAGAACACCAUUGCGGUGUGAGCUUGCGUCUGCGAAAGCAGGUUGACGACCAUGUGCCCCGAGGCCGACUCGUUGAGGGACUGUGCCAUGCGGGACGGUAUCCGCAGGGCGAACGAUACGAGCGGGACCGGGUCCAUGGCUAUAGAGGUGAACGACGAGAGCGUGGCGCCGUGGAAUUUUGCGCCCGACGCGUCGGCGGGCAUGAACGACGUGACGACUGCGACGGGCUGGGCUGUUUCCCGCAAUACAUCGCGGAGAAGGUGUUUGGUGGUCGCGACUGACGUGCUGUACGCCCGGACAAAAUGGCGCAGCAUGAACAAAAUGGAGUCGGACGGGAUGGAGAGCGUGGGAAUUGGGGGCUCGGCGCAUCAUUCGCGAUCGUUCUCUCACAGGGACACUGCAAGCACAAUUGUGAAGACAAGGCACAAUGGUCGCUCGAUACAUUCAUUCUGAAUCUGUCCCCCACUCGGGGCUAGUGCUCCUUGUCAGAUGAAUCAGCUGUCCAGCUACAGUACAUUGUCUCUCGGCUGGCCGCGCCUUUCUUUUGUUCAAUCAUGCUUAGUCUGAAAGCACCUUCCCUUGUCCCAG